AUGAAAUUACUCUCUCUUCUGAUUGUUCUCAUUGUAUUCCAGGAACAAAUUUCUUGUUUCUCCUUAAAUAUACCUGCUUCUCCUGGCUACUAUCAAGAUGGGGAUUUUGUGAUUGGAGGACUCUUUUCCCUUAGAGUGACCUCUGGAGACACAAGGAGUAUAUUUGGCUUUAAUGAUACGUUGUAUAUUCCGGAAUUUGUUUCUGUGGAUCUCACUAAACAUUAUCAGCACAUGUUGGCAAUGGUUUUUGCUAUAGAAAAUAUUAACAAAGACCCAAAUAUUCUAUUCAACAUGUCCCUGGGAUUCUAUCUCUUCAAUGUUGACUUUAUUGAUUUGAAGGCUGUGGAGAGUUCUAUGGCUCUGCUCUCAGGAGAGAGCCCCCCAGUUCCUAACUACAGCUGCAGGCCUGAGAAGACUGAUAAGCUGGUUGCUGUGAUAGGAGGCAUGUCAACAGGAAUAUCAACUCAGAUCUCCCGAGUUCUAAGUCUCUACAAUGUCCCACAGAUCAGCUAUGCUCCUUUUGACCAGAGUCUUGGGACUGGAGUCCAGCUCCAGUCUCCUUACCAGUUUACUACAUACACCACAGCUCUGCAUCAGGGAAUUAUUCAACUGCUGCUAUACUUCACUUGGGUCUGGGUUGGUCUGUUGGUUCCAGAUGAUAUGAGUGGAGAAGUCUUCGUUAGGGACAUCACAGAAGAGAUGACCAAACAUGGACUUUGUGUUGCAUUUGCAGAAAAGGGUCUAGUAUUUCCUUCUCUGGAUGAAACAUACUGGGACACUUUUAUGGAAAGUGUCCAAUUGACACACGUGAUCGUUGUAUUUGGUGACACACAUGCUUUUCUGAUGACUGUCCCUAUCAUUGCUUUUUAUGGUCCUAUUGGUAAUGUCUGGAUCACAACUUCUGAUUGGUAUAUCACCACAUUACCCUUUGAAGAAAAUCUAGUUUAUCCAUACUUUGGUGGAGGAUUAUCAUUUUCAGUUCAUAUCGAUGAAAUUCUGGGAUUCAAGGAUUUUCUUGGAAGUGUUCAUCCUAAAAAAUAUCCUCAUGAUAUCUUUAUCCAGGAUGUGUGGUCGAUCAUAUUUGAAUGUCCACGUUUCUCUCAGCACUGGAUCAAGGAACUGAGUCAAUGUGAGCAAAAUGGCAGCCUGAGCACACGACCUCUGCAUCUUUGGGAUAUGAAUACCUCAUCCUAUAGCUACAAAGUCCAUGCUGCUGUAUAUGCCAUUGCCCAGGCACUGCAUGAGGAGCUGUCACUCAGAGUGGAAGGAGACUCACAUGAUAAAAGUGUCCUCCAGGCUCCUCUCCCAUGGAAGCUCCAUCCAUUCUUACAACAGGGCCAACUUGGGAGAAGCUCUAAUGAGAAGGACAUUGUGAACAAGGAAGUUUCGGUAACCAAGCUUGAUAUCUUUAAUUACCAAUCUCUGCCAAGUGGUACCAAAGCUCAAGUGAAAGUUGGCGAGUUUGUCUUUGAAUCUCACAGUGUUCAGCAUCUUUCCCUAAAUAAUGAACUCAUAACUUGGGGUGAACACUACAAUCAGACUCCUGUAUCUGUUUGCAGUCAGAGUUGUCCACUUGGAUUUAGGAAAACACCUGUUGAAGGGAAACCAUUCUGUUGUUUUGAUUGUCUCCCUUGUCCAGAUGGAGAGAUUGCAAAUGAAACAG